AGUCAUUUAAAUUAGUUUGAUUUUUCCAGACUUUUAAUUCUUUUACUUUGACCGAUCGGAUUUUUGAUCAACUUCCAAAAUGGAAAAGAAAACAGUUGUUGAAUGUGAAGUAGACUCAAAUUUAGAACCUAACAGUGAUUUUGCAUUGGAUAUGAAAUCUGGUUCGAUUUCAGAGACCGGAAGUGAAGAGUGUCCGGAAGUUGACAAUGCAGUUAAUGCAAAUUUUCCAUCCAGGACAGUUCAUACAUCAAUAUCACAAGACGAAAAUCUGAAAGAGGCAACGCCAGUCUGGGAAGACUACAAAUUGAUCUUCGACAAGUUUGACAGGGACGGGGAUGGAUACUUGUCGUCUGAUGAUGUUCGAAAUGUCUUACGCUCUUACGACAUGCUGUCAACAGAGGGAGAGCUACAGGAUGUAGUUGCUGAAUUGGACAAAAAAGGGGACGGUCUUAUAACACUGGAGGAAUUUGUUUCCGUAAUGAACAGUCACAAAUCCAUAUUCAGUAAAAAAGACGAAAAGGAUCUGGAGUUUCGCGAGGUGUUUCGCAUUCUUGAUAAAUCUGGAACAGGGCGAGUGACAAAGCAGGCUCUGUGUGAAUUUAUGUCGGAGUUUGAGCCAUCUUUUGACGAGGGGCACGCUUUUGAACUUAUGACUCAGUUUGAUACUAAGGGUAACGGAGACCUGAGUUAUGAAGAUUUUGUCAAGUUGUUGACAGCAAAGGUUUGACAAGAAAUCAUACGAGUUAUCUCUCUUCAGUCAACAUCUCAAGCUGAUUGGCGUUGAAUGAAGCUUUCCUAAAUACGGAUAUUUUAUUUUAGAAAUACAUGUCGGUGUUAUAACAAACCUAAAGAGUGGUGAUAACAAGAGGAAGUUCAUUUGAGAUAAUGUUAAUUUUAUGCGUUUAAAGUUGUAUAAUAAUACCGAUAUAUUUUUUUAAAGAUGUCAAUAAACUUUUGAAGACAAAUGGAUUUAAAAGUCUCAUAAAACUGCAAUGGUGUGUUAUCAAAUAUAUAUUGAUUGUAAGUUAUUGUUAUAUACAUAAAUAGGCAAGAUAUACGAUGUAAAAAAUAUCUUAUAAUUGAUUAUUGUUUUUGUCUUUCAUCGAAUACAUGAAUGCAAGAAAAUGGGCGUAAUUAUUUUUCAUUUUCCCACAAGUCUUUGUGUCUGAUAAAACUUCAUUGUCUUCAACUAGCUAAACGGGCAUGCCAUGGUCACGAUUUGGUCAAAAUUUAUUUUUCCGUUUUUAAUGUUUACAAUGCUUAGGUAAGGCAUUUCUAAUAGUCAACCAAAAUUUGAGUAGCAGUCGUCGAGUUAUAAGCGAGAUACUGAGCUCAUAGUUCUUUGUUAUGUAAACAAAACUCUGGUCAUGUUUUUUGUUUCUAUCUCGAAUGUUAACAAGAAAACUCCAGGUUUAGACAUAAAAUGAAUGCAACACACACUAGGAACUGUCCAUUAAUGUUCAUAACGAAUGAGCAGGUAAAGAAAAAAUAAGUUUUAAAAAAAUCGUACCGGUAUCUUGAAACAAUGUAAACAAAAAGGCACGACUUUGGGUGACGCAAAACAUGAACAAUAAAAAUAGAAAAUAUAAUUUGCCCAAAAUCGCGACCAUGCCAUGGGGAAAAUUAUUCCAUGCGGAAUGGUUUACUGUUUGGUAAACAAAAUCUCUGAAUUUUUAAAAAUCAAAUUUAAACCAUGGCAACUCUGUAAAUUUUCCUGUAAAAUGUCAAUAAAAUGGUAUAUAACAACGUAAUCUCGUUAUCCAUUAAUAAUUACAUCAUUAGAUUAAUUCACAUUUAGAUAUUUAUUUCGAUAUGCUCAUUAGAUGCCAAAAAGUAUCGACAAAAUACAUUACAAUUUUUUAUAUAACAGAAGACGUACGUCUUACAGCAGAAUGUAUGUGAUUUCAUAGAAAUAUAUAAAUAGUAUAUACUGGUAGUUUCCAUUUAUUAAUUACAAAUUGGUAACGAAUGGGAACAGGUUUGUGUUUCAUUAAAAAGAU